GAAUUUUUUGAUUGUUUAUUUCGAUAUUUUGAUUGCAUCGAGAUAUUAAUCUUUUAACAAUGUAGUUUAUAAUAUGCUCAGUGCAAAUAUAAUACAAAGUCAUAUUAAAAAUUUUGAAAAUUUAUUGCAAGUCAUAAAAGAGCGUGUAAAUAGAUCAGCUUUAGUUAACGAAAGAUAUGUAAAUUUGCCUGAGGUAUCUAAAUUGUUAGAAGAAGGCCAUGAACUUUUGGAACAAAUUGAUUUAGAAUCAAAUGAUUUGCCUAUGAAUGAAAAACAACAUAUCAAAUAUUUAAGUGAUCAAUAUAAAACACAAUUAGAUGGGCUAGACAAAACAUAUGAAUUAAAAAUAUCUCAGAAAUCAAAUGACUAUUUAGAAGGAGAUAAUUGUAAAGAUGAAGAAAAGCAAAGUCUUCUAGCCAAUUUAGACAGAUGUACAGAUAACAUUGAUCAUGGAUAUAGAGUGGCUUUGGAGUCAGAAAAAAUUGGGGCAGAGAUUUUGACAGACUUAAAAUGGCAAAGGGAAUCAUUAGAGCGAUCACAUGAUAGAAAUUUUACAAAAUCGGUUUAUAGUUGCCGGUGUCAUCAUCCUUAUGAUAAUAGUGAUAAUAAUAACCUUUUGGUACGCCAAAAAGAAAUGAAAACAAAGACUAUACGCAAAAAAAUAUUACUCCUCAGUAGAAGCUAUAUUUAUAAUAAAUAUAUUAUAAUAUAAUUUAAAAAUAUUUAUUUCAAUGGACACUAUUAUUUAUAAAUGAUGAUAUGUAAAUUUAAUCAAAACCAUAUUUUACUUUUAACAUGUUUAUGGGAUGGACAUGUUCAUUUAUUUUAGUCAUUUAAAUCGAAUUUAUUUAUGUAAUCUAAUGUUUUUGUAAUAUUUUUAUUUAUAUAAUAUAUUUUAAUUUUUAAAAUGUUGUAUAUACUUAUGUAAUUUUUGUAAUAAUAAAUGAACAAAUAAUUUUUGUAAUAAUAGUUCACAAAGAAAACCAGUAAAUAUUAUAAAAAAGUUUAUUUUUAGAGCAAGUUGACAA